UUUUCAUCUGUACUUAACAAAAAGAAAAUACGAUAAUAUGUAACUUCAUUCACAAUUUAAUUUUAUACAUUCAUUGCUCGUGAUUUCUUAGUCUAGUUGAUAAUGAUAUUUUUUAGGCGCCAAUUAGUGUAAUAAUUUAUUUUCUAGAUAAUUAAUUUAUUAUUGUAUUGCUGUGAUUCAUUUGUUAAUUGAUGUGCUAUUUCCCGCGUGCCGUAGUGUUUUUACGCGGUUUAUUAACAGAUUUUAGUUAAUGUAUAUUUCAAACGUUUAGUGUUUUGUUAAUAUUAAAAGUGUUCAUUAAUGUUAAUUAUUGUUCUGUGUCUUCCUAAUUAAAUUUUAGUGUUGCCGAAAAGUUUUCGGAACACUACAAUAGCCAUCUUGGUUUUCAGACCGCACGACAUAUGGAAACUUCAGAGGUGUCUUCCAUUUUGAGUUCGUUGCAUAGCAACCGUUUCAAAUUUUUAAGAGCAGACAAUAAAGAAAGUUUGAGUGAUUCCGAAUUUUUAGCAGAAAAUCUUGAUAAGGAUUUAAAAACGUUACCUGAAUUAUCUGGUAUAACAGAUACUGACGCUAUUAUAAGAAGUGGUGGUUCUGGCCCUUCUCAAAUGAUGACAAUUGAUAGUUCAUGGAAUGAAGAUUCAGGUUCAUGUUUUCCAACAUCAACUAACUCAAGUUUUCCUAUACCUUUACAAGGACCAAAUGAUUUUGAUGAAUUUAAUGUGGCUGAUAAUUUUGUCUCUAGAAUACCUUCUCCUAGUCUUGGGUUAAAUUUAGGUUUUACUGCUGAUGCUGAUUUAUCAGAACCCCCACCAGAAAUAGGAGUUUGUGGGCUUCGUAAUCUUGGAAACACAUGUUUCAUGAGUGCAGGUUUACAAGCUUUAUUGUCAACGGAAUUUUUAGUGACAUAUUUUUUAAAUUUUGACAUUGAUGGCUCGGAAGAUACAUUAAUUGAACAGUUUGCAGAUCUUGUUAAACGUGUAUGGCAUGGUCAGUUCAGUGUUAUUAAUCCCCAUCAAUUCAAAUAUGUUCUUGGUAAACGGUAUGCACAGUUUCGUGAUUGUAGUCAACAUGAUUGUCAAGAGUUUCUAGCUUUAUUGUUAGAUAGUUUAAAUGAAGAACUCAUGCAACAUUUCUCAAGACACUUAAAAGUGUCUGCUUCUCGUAAAACUCGGAAGUCGUCCAAUCCAAGAAGACUCUUACCACGUGAUGCAGAAGAAUCUGCUGUAAGUUCAACUGAUUUUAAUUAUCCUCAAACUUUUGAAACUUUAACAGAAGAAAUGACUGAUAAUGAACAACCAAUUAAAAAAAAAUAUGAAUCAAAUGAUGCUUCUACAACUUCAAUAGAACAUGUUGAAAACAUGAUAUUUGGUACUGAUAAUCAAAAAACUGAUGAACAGAGAUUUGAUGAUUUAUUAAAUGGAAAAAGAGAAAUUUGUUGUGAUUCCUCAUCUGAUUCAAAUUUUAUGGAUCUCAAGCGUGUUAAAUUAGAUGAUACUGUAUCAAAAAGUGAAAUUGCAGAACCAGAUUCAAUAGGGUCAUCAUUGACUGAAAAACUUAACAACACUUCUGUUAUUAAUAGAAUUUUUCAAGGUCAAUUUGAAAGUACUGUUAUAUGCUCAGAAUGUGACUAUAUUUCUGUCAUGCACGAACCAUUCAUGUAUUUAUCUGUGCCUCUACCAUUUGCUACAGAACAACAAAUAUAUAUAACAUUUGUUAGUGCAACACAUAAAGCUCCAACCAAAUAUUUGCUAACUGUUAACAAACAAGAUGAUAUUAAAAAACUUAAAAGUGAAUUAGUUAAUUUAGUUGGUCAAAAUAUAAAUCCUGAAAUAUUGUUAGUUGCUGAAGUUUUUAACAAACAUAUUUCUAAAAUAUUGAAUGAUGAUCAUUUAGUAAAAAGUGUGGAUUACAAUAACCGAGAUUUGUUUGCUUUUGAGUUAUUAGAAAUUAACCAUGAAAGUGUUAAUGGUUGUAAAAUUGAGUCAUUUUAUAAGAAUGAGACAAUAACCGAAUCUUUGGACUUGGAUUCUGGAACAAUGGAACAAGGAGAAACUUGUACAAUCUGUUUAGAGUCUAAGCCUGAUAUGAUGCAUCAUAAUGAUGUGAAUAAUUGUACUUGUAUUUUAUGUGAAGAAUGUAUUAAAAUGAGUUGUUUUCAUUCAAGUGGCGAAAAAAACAAGAUGGACUGUCCUGUAUGUCGUGUACGGAUAGAUCCUACUGUAGACUUAAUUUCAAUUGAACAAAUAUCAAAUAAUACUAAUCAAGUUAUUAGGCGCCUAACUAUACCAAUUGUUAUGAAACAAGCUAAUGAAAAAGAUUUGAUUGGAAGACCAACACUAGUACGUCUACCCAGUGAACUAUCUGCUGAAUUAUUGUAUGACGAAGUUGCUAAACUUCAUCCAUACUCUGAAGAAUUUUCAUUGUCUUUGGUUGAUGGUCAAGGAACAAUGUGUUCUCGGUGUAUGUGGGAUGUACAUUGUAGUGGCUGUGCUAUCCCCAAAACUGGAGUGGUUAAGCUACGUAGUAGUGAUACCUUGGCUGUUAAUUUUGAAAAUAUAGUUGAUAUAAGUUUACUUGAGACUGAAAUACAUUCUGUAUCAACAGAACAAAUGCGAUCAAAUCAUCCUCUUACCAUUUAUGAUUGUAUAAACGCAUUUAGCCAAAGUGAACUAUUAGAUGAAAAUAAUCCUUGGUGGUGCCCUAACUGUAAAAAAAACCAGUGUGCCACUAAAACUUUGUCCAUAUCUAAAUAUCCUAAUUGCUUAAUUGUUUACUUAAAAAGGUUUGUUUUUCAUGAAAAUUGGGGAAUCAAACUUCAAGACAGUGUUAUAUUUCCUAUUGACAACUUAUUUUUGAACCCUUCACAAAAUAUAGUAUAUGACUUAUAUGCGUGUAUUUGUCACACUGGAAGUACUUCAAUGGGACAUUAUACAGCUUAUACUAAACAUUCAGAAACAAAUGAAUGGUAUUAUUACAAUGAUGAAAACACAACAAAAACAAUGCCAGGCCAAGAAGAUUACUGCAAUGGAUAUAUCCUAUUUUAUAAAAAGCAGGGACUUCAAGAUUAUGAUAUUGCCAAUUCAUCAGCCCAUUGAAAAAAUUUACCAAUUACAUAAAUCUGUUAUCUAUAUGGCAAUAUAUUGUUAAGAUUUUGUACUUAAACAUUUUUUAUUCAUCAAGGGUAAAAGAACUAGCUGAACAUUAAAUGCUGGAAAAUUUAUCCUCAUUUUUUACUUAUUGUUGCAUUGUUAUAUUUCCUAGUAUUUCUUUAUUUAUUAUUACAUUUUUAAUACUGUUUGAGAAAAAUCCUCUAAUGUCAACUGUGUAAUUAUAAAAAAAGUAAAAAAAACUCAUGUAUUUUUAGCA